UACAAUCACUUCAACAAGCUUUCCUGUCUCAAGAGCAGAAAAUGAAUAAGUUGUUGAAGACCCUUUUUCUUGUGUCCAUGCUAAUAAUGGCAUUGGCAAUUACUAUGCCAACAAGAGUAGAAUCUAAUGAGAAUGAUGAGGAACCAAAUUCUCUGAGAGGAACAAGCCGGUUCCUGUCUCAGAGAAGCAGCAAGGCAACUCUGACAUGUGACAGAAACCCAAAGGUUUGCUAUACCAUAAGAGGGAGUGGAGGUCCUAAUUGCUGCAACAACAAGUGUGUCAACUUCAACACAGAUGAAUUGAACUGCGGAAAGUGUGGGAAGAAAUGUGGAUAUUCCAAGAUAUGCUGUGAAGGUAAGUGCAUCAAUCCAAAGACUAAUGAGAAGCACUGUGGCAAAUGCGGCAACAAGUGCAAUUCCAAAGGCUCUUGUGUUUAUGGCUUGUGCAGCUAUGCUUAGAAGUUUACAACAGACUCGGAAUAAUUAAUGGGUGGAAACUCAAGUGUAGUCGAUUUCACGUGAAGUUGAUACCUGAGAGUCGUUAGAUAAUUUGAU